AUGAUUGUUGGAAGUGGGGAACUUCAGGAGGCUUCUCAAUUACUGUCUUGUUUGGCUGAUAUGGUUUACUGCACGGUUUGUGCAUGUAUGCAGACACAACACAAGGUUGAAAUGGACAAAAGAGAUGGUAUGUUUGGUCCGCAAGUAAUGGCAGUGCCCCCAGUCCAGCAGAUGUCACGCCUUGAUCAGCCUUACCCACCCACAGUUGGAUAUCCUCAACCAGCAUAUGGGCAACCCUAUGGUUAUCCACCUCCUCCUCAGGCUCAAGGUUAUCCACCUGCCGGUUAUCCUCCGCCAGGCUAUCCACCUUCUGGCAAUCAGAGGUGAUUCCAAUGUGUAACGUGUUCAUUUGCAAGCAAAUUCACAUGAAAAUUUUCUUUCGUAUCAGCCAUUUACCAAUCAGUGUACCAACGGUCUUUUGGUUUAAUAGUACUCCUUACCUUGCGAAGGCUUUGCCUUCUUGAGGUCAAAGGUUCAAACCCCUUUUUCCCUCCCCCAAAAAAAAAACCGGAGCAAGGACUUCUCGACUCAGAUUGUACUUGCAGGAUGUUUGUGGUGAUUGAAUUAUGUGUAUUGAGCUUUCCCAUUGUAGAACACAGGCAGAUAUUGUUUUGAACAUACAACUAGCUUCUUGUCUGUCUGUCCUUCUUCCUCAUUUUUCAAAUGGUGUCCAUCUUAAACCCUUUUUGCCUCGAUCUGAUGGUAUUGUGGAUCAGAGCAAUGAAUAGAACCCUACUUAUUAACCUGAAAGUGUUAUCAAGCUGUUGUUUAUAUUACAAAGAAUGCGG